GGACCACAUGCCCAGCCAAACCCGUUCGUAUAAAAGCGAUCGGGGGACCCGUUUGGCGGAAUGGCAUUCAGCUGCCAUCACCAUUUUCAUCACCAUCUUCUCUCUCUCUCUCUCUUCUCUCUAGCGGGAUGAAUAUCAUUCGAGAACCUGGUGAAGUUCGAUUUUUCUGAUCGAGCCUUUUCGGUUGGUAUAUGAUGGGAAGGAAUGUGGAGAAGUCGAACGGGAUCGGAGAAGUUGCGGGGAAUGAGAUGCCGGAGAUAGGCGUGAUGACGACGCCGAAUACUCCAGAGGCGGCGACGGACGCCGACGCGGAACCGGUCGUGGUUAAAAAGAGGAAGAUAUCGGAUGAAGAUCUGGAGCCGUCUCUGGCGCCGGCACCGCCACAACCGGGAAACAGCGGUGGAGAUCCGGCUAUUCCCGAGGAAUGUGCAUCGCCGGAGAUCAGACAUCCAGUUUCGAGCCUCAACGUCGAUGAAGAGGCUCAGGCGUCUGGUUGCUCAAGCUAUGCGGAGUCCAUCGCUAGAGGAAAGUCCGAAAUCGCAGAUCUGGAGGAGGAGGAAGAGGAAAGUACUGGAGAGUUCGAGGCGGCGCCUUCAUGGAAUUCCGAGUGCUCAGAGAGUGGAAAAACGACGCCGUUAAGAGAACAUGAAACGGAGUCCGACGAGCUGAGCUCGAAUGGGACGCCGCCGCAGUGGCCGCCUGGUGAUCAGUCGAAUUCUCAUGUCAAUGCAAUCCGGGCGAACAUUCCGUCCGCUGCUGAACUCGAGGAUUUCUUCUCCGUUGCCGAACAGAAAAUUCAGAAAAGCUUUGAGGACAAGUAUAACUUUGAUGUUGUGAAUGAAAAGCCGUUGGAAGGUCGUUACGAGUGGGUUCAAUCAGUGCAGCCAUAUAACAAAGAUGAAGAAGAAGAAGAAGAAGAUUCAUCGCCAUCAACAGCAAUUCCAAAGAAGGUGUGAGAACAAAUAUAAUGAAUGUCGUCGUCGUCUCAAGUCUCAAUAUAUAUAAUGGUAGCAGCAGCAGCCAUUUAUUUUUAAACUUUUCUAAAGUUGGGUCUUUUUAGCGCUUUUUCCAGAAUCAUUCACCUUUUUAGGGUUCUUCUUUCGUGCAUGAUUGUGUGUGUGUACAGCUAGCUACCUAGCAGCUCUAGGAUCGAGGUAGUUGAAUUGAUUGGACAUGGACCCUUCCUUUAUAAAAUCUCCAAAUUAAAAGUUCUGUGAUAUU